GGGAGAAACCCCACAAAAGCUUAGAAUGCGCGAAGGGCUUGAAUACAAGCACAAGCUUGGUAUUCAUCAAAGGGUCCCCACAGGGGAGAAACCGCAUAAAUGCUUGGAGUGCGGAAAGAGCUUCUCUCAGAAGAGAAAUCUGACAGCACACCACAGAAUUCACACUGGAGAAAAACCAUUUAAUUGCUUGGAAUGUGGAAAGGCCUUCCGUCGGAGGACACAUCUCACUGCUCAUCAGAGAACUCACACAGGAGAGAAGCUGUAUAGGUGCUUGGAAUGUGGAAAGACCUUUAACAGAAGCGGAAGCCUCACUACUCAUCUAAUAAUUCACGCAGGGGGGGAAACAUACAAAUGCUUGGAGUGUGGAAAGAGCUUCUCUCAGAAGAGGAAUCUCACUAACCACCACAGAAUUCACCUAGGGGAGAAACCAUACCAAUGUUUGGAAUGUGAAAAGCGCUUCUUCCGGAAGACACAUCUCACUGCACAUCAAAGAAUUCACACAGGGGAGAAGCCAUUUAAAUGCUUGCAAUGUGGAAAGAGCUUUUGUUGGAAGAUCCAUCUCACUUAUCAUCAAAGCAUCCACACAAGGAAAACACUGCAUAAAUGCUUGGAGUGUGGAAAGAACUUUUCUCAGAAUUCUCUCCUUGUUACCCAUCAAAGGAUCCAUACAGGGGAGAAACCAUUUAAAUGCUUGGAGUGUGGAAAGAGCUUCUCUCAGAAGACAAAUCUUGCUUCCCACCGCAGAACUCACACAGGGGAGAAACCAUAUAAAUGUUCAGAAUGUGGAAAGAGCUUCUGUCGAAGGACACAUCUCACCACUCAUCAGAGAACUCACACAGGGGAGAAACCAUACAAAUGUCUGGAAUGUGGAAAGACCUUUAGUAGAAACAGAAGCCUAACACAUCAUCAAAUAACUCACACAGGGGAGAAACCAUACAAAUGUUUGGAAUGCGGAAAGAGCUUCUAUUGGAAAAUGCAUCUUACUUAUCAUGAAAGAAUUCACAGAAAGGAUGCACCACAUAAAUGCUUGGAGUGUGGAAAGAUCUUUUGUCAAAAUUCUGACCUCGUAACCCAUCAAAGGAUCCAUACAGGGGAGAAACCAUUUAAAUGCUUGGAGUGCGGAAAGAGCUUCUGUCAGAAGAUAAAUCUCAGUAAUCAUCGAAGAAUUCACACGGGGGAGAAACCCUUUAAGUGCUUAGAAUGUGGAAAGACCUUUAGUACAGGCACAAACCUCACCACUCAUCAAAUAAUUCAUACAUGGGAGAAACCAUUUAAAUGUUUGGAGUGUGGAAUGGCCUUUAAGAGAAACAGAGGCCUCAGUAUUCAUCAAAGGAUCCACACAGGGGAGAAGCCACAUAAAUGCGUGGAGUGUGGAAAAAGCUUUCGCCACAGUUCUGCCCUUGUUAAUCAUCAGAGAAUCCAUACAGGAAAGAAACCAUAUAAAUGCUUGGAGUGUGGAAAGAGUUUCUGUCAGAAGACACAGCUCACUGCUCAUCAAAGAAUUCACACAGGAGAGAAACCACAUAAAUGCAUGGACUGUGGGAAGAACUUUUGUCGGAAGGAAUCACUUGCUGCUCAUCAGAGAAUUCACACUGGGGAGAAACCAUUUAAGUGUUUGGUAUGUGGAAAGAGCUUCACACGGAAGAUAAGUCUCGUUUCUCAUAAAAAAAUCCACGCCGGAGAGAAACCAUAAAUUCUCGGGAGUGUACAAAAUGCUUCAGUAAUAAGAGACUGCUCUUCAAAGAAUUCACUCAGAAGGGGAGCUAGAGAAAUGAUCAGAGUAUGGAAUGCGAUUCUGUCACAGUUUAAUUCCUAUUCAGAUUGGAGUUAAAUUGGUGGGGGAUGGGACAUGGCCUUGGCAGAAUCCUGAGGGCCAUUUGGAGAUAAAUACAGAUUGGAAGACUGGAUCCAUUGUAGAAUGUGAGAAGCCUGAUAGAAUGGCCUGAGAUAUAAAUCCAUUUAUCAGCAAUAGCAAUAGUAUUAUGUUACAAAACUGUAAAAACAAAGUCAUUUCUACAAAGCCUCUCUAGGGAGAGCAUCCCACAAACGAGGAGCCACUGUUGAAAAGGCCCUGUUCUCAUGUUGCCACCCUCCAGACCUCUUGUGGAGGAAGCACACAAAGAAGGGCCUCAGACAAUGAUCGCAGGGUUCAGGGCUGGUUCAAACAGGGAGAAGUGGUCCUUGGGGUAUUACGGUCCUGGCCCAUUUAAGGCUUUAUAAGUCAUAACCAGCACUUUGAAUUGGGCCAAGAAACUAACUGGCAGCCAAUGCAAUCGGG